GCGUGGGUGCGGGGAAACUUGUUGGAGCUAUGGCGCCGUGUCCGAAGCUGGUGCUGCUUUUCAGCGGGAAGCGAAAAUCGGGCAAAGAUUUCGUGGCCGAAGAAAUCCAAAGCCGGUUGGGGCUGGAUGUUUGCACCAUUCUCCGCUUAUCCGGCCCUUUGAAAGAGCAGUAUGCAAAGGAACACGGCCUGGAUUUCCAGCGGCUUCUAGACGCCACCGAUUACAAGGAGCUGUACCGCGAAGACAUGAUCCGUUGGGGGGAAGAACGACGGCAGAGCGACCCUGGUUUCUUUUGUCGCAUUGUGGUGGAAGGCGUGACGCAACCCAUCUGGAUCGUGAGCGACACCCGCCGAUCCUCGGACGUGGAAUGGUUCCGUGACGUCUACGGGGACCUGGUUCAAAUUGUGCGGGUGAUUGCCACGGAGGAGACCCGGAGAAGGCGGAACUGGGUGUUCGUGACAGGAAUUGACGACGCCGAAUCCGAGUGCGGAUUAGACCAAGGCAUCUCCUACGACUGGGUGAUCACCAACGACGGAGACCAGCUAUCUUUGGAUGCCCAGCUGGAGAAACUCCUUCAAUUUAUCCAGAGCAAGCUUUAGGAACCAACUGGGUUACCUGGUGGUCUCUCUUUCUUUCUCUCUUUCUCUCUCUCCUUCCGUAGCUCUGUUGGGGAGGGCACAAAGGGGGGGGGGGGGCUUAGGCUGGGGGCUGGGCGGAAGGCCCAAAGAGGGGGGAGGGGGUCAGAAGAGGGGGUCCUUCCCAAAAAAGAAGACCCCCCCGCCCCCCCCCUUCCCCCCCCCCCCCAAGCCAGAAACGAUCCCGUUAAACUUUGCUGUACAGCUUCCUUCCUGGAAUGGAGACUCCGUUCCAGAAAGUGCCAUAAUCCAGUGCCGGUUUUUUCUUCUUAAAUGUGUUUUUUUUCUUCCCUCUCCGUCGCAACAAGGCCGCCUGCUUUGACCGCCCCGCAGGUCACUCUGGGAGGAAGAUUAAACCCCCCACCUUUCUAUAAGGUCUCGAUUCCUCCUCCUCUCCCCUGUUGGUGGAAGGGAUGACGGGGGUCCUUGUUCUUCCCGCCGUCCCCCGACUUUGAGAUGAGGGCAGUACCGCUUCCUGCCACCAGGGGGCAGAGCAAGACCUGCUUUUUUCUCUCCCCCUCAAAAAAACCAACAAAAAACACUUGAUUUUAGCU